GGUUUCUCACCAGAAACAGCUAUGGCAGCUACGAAUAAUAUAGCUCCACGUGUAGCCAUUUUCCUGUUUCUAAGUUGUUCUUCAUUUGCAGCUGCUGCAAAACAUGUCUAUGAAUCGAAGCCUUUCAACCGCACUGAUUUUCCACCUGGUUUUCUUUUUGGAGCUGCUUCUUCUGCUUAUCAAUUUGAAGGUGCUGCAUUUGAAGGUGGGAAAGGACCUAGUAUUUGGGAUACUUACACUCACCAAUUUCCAGGUUUCCUCUCUCUCAUAGGGAUAACACCAUUUGUGACACUAUUUCAUUGGGACCUCCCUCAAGCACUAGAGGAUGAAUAUAGAGGCUUCCUAAGUCCUCUAAUUGUGGACGAUUAUCUGGAUUUCGUGGAACUUUGCUUUAAGAAUUUCGGAGACCGCGUUAAGAAUUGGAUCACAUUCAACGAGCCGUUUGUGUUCACAAACGGGGGCUACGAUGGGGGAUUUCUCGGGACUCUAGCCCCCGGUCGGUGCUCGUUGUGGGGCAAUAGCCCCCAGGGCGACGCAGUGAAAGAGCCCUAUUUUGUUGCUCAUCAUAUUCUCAUUAGCCAUGCUGCAGCUGUUAAAUUAUAUAGAACAAAAUACAAGCCAACUCAAAAGGGUCAAAUCGGGAUAACGAUAGUGACUCAUUGGUUCGUACCGUAUUCGAACAGCAGACUCGAUGUUAUAGCAGCACAACGAGCCCUCGAUUUCGUUUUUGGGUGGUUUAUUCAUCCAGUAGUAUACGGAGAAUAUCCAAAAACAAUGAGACCGAUUGCUGGUAGUCGAUUGCCACGAUUUACGACGGAGCAAAGUGCGUUAUUGAAGGGAUCGUAUGAUUUUAUAGGACUGAAUUAUUAUACCGGGAACUAUGCAGCUCAUAUUCUAACUCGCAACGGAAACGUUAGCAGCACUUCCGAUCAAAUGGUUCGUCUCUCAACUGAUAUCAAUGGUGUGCAGAUCGGGGACCCAACCGGAGUUAGCAUAUUUUAUAGCUACCCGAAAGGACUUCACGAUCUUCUAGUCUACACGAAGGAGAAAUACAACAACCCUCCGAUUUACAUUACCGAAAACGGUCUCGGCGACGAGAACAAUGACACCAUGGAACACCUCACUCAAGAUCCACAACGAAUCGAUUUCUACAAUCGUCAUCUCCAUGCUAUUCGGAAAGCAAUUGCGGAAGGUGUAAAUGUGAAGGGAUUUAUUGCAUGGUCAUUUUUGGAUAAUUUCGAAUGGGCCUCGGGAUAUACACAACGGUUCGGGCUUGUCUACGUGGAUUACAAAAACGGGCUCAAAAGAAUUCCCAAGAAAUCGGCACUUUGGUUUAAGAAGUGCAUCCAAAAAAUUAAAUAAGCGCUAGUUGUAAACGCGCUUUUAUUUAACUCUGUUAAGUAAAUUACCGGCGUGACCCUUUAAUUUGCUGGUAAUAAAUAAAUGUUAUGGUGUAGUUCUUUUGGUAAUAAAUUACUCUUUUCGUUCUUCAUUAA